GAGGGGAAUGAUCCGAGAGUACCUAUAUUUUUUCGAUCUCCAUCAUCAUUUUCAUUGCCACCCGUCUCGUAUGCUCCAAUUUGGCGCCUUCCAUCAUACUCCUCUCAACUCCUCCCUCGCUCCUUACGCUUGUUGCAUCGUAAACAUAAAACAACUAUUAUAUGUCAAAAAUUCUAUCAAUUUUGGUCUGAAAAUCUUUUCUUAGAGUCUUCUUGUUACCCUCUCAUUAUAACCAGUUAAGAGGUAGGCGAUAUUGCCUUGGGCACCAAAUGGCUGUUUAGCACAAUUGUGAAAAAGAGGUUGUUUUGGCGAUAAGGGCGGGUUCAGAGUUCACCAUAAUUGGAGUAGAUGGCAACACUGCAGGAUAUUGGAGUAGCUGCAGGAAUACACCUUCUCACUGCUUUGAUAUUCUUGUUUGCAUUUGCGAUUCUCCGAUUGCAGCCUAUAAAUGAUAGGGUUUACUUUCCAAAAUGGUACUUGAAAGGGUUGAGGGAGAGUCCAAGGGAUGUGAGCACAUCGGUUGGGAAAUUCAUUAAUAUAGACUGGAGAAUAUACAUCAAAUUUUUGAACUGGAUUCCAGAGGCUCUGAAAAUGCCCGAAUCUGAGCUCAUUGAGCAUGCAGGUCUUGAUUCUGUUGUUUACCUGAGAAUAUAUAUUGUUGGCCUGAAAGUUUUUGUGCCUUUGAUGGUUCUUGCUUUUACAAUUCUUGUUCCUGUCAAUGCCACAAGCAGCAUUUCAGAUGCAGAAAAGGAUGAUGUAGGCUUCAGUGAUAUUGACAAGUUUUCAAUCUCAAAUGUUAGUGAGGGUUCUAACAGGUUCUGGGCCCAUGUACUUAUGUCAUGUGUAUUUACGAUAUGGACAUGCUUUGUUCUUUAUAAGGAGUAUGAGAUGGUAGAGUCUAUGAGAAUUUGUUUCUUAGAAGCACAACAUCGUCGUCCUGACCAAUUCACGGUUCUAGUGAGAAAUGUGCCUGCUGAUCCAGAUGAAUCUAUCAGUGAGCACAUUGAGCAUUUUUUCCGUGUCAACCAUCGUGAUCACUAUCUCACACAUCAGUCCAGUUUGAGGGGUGGCUCAUUCGGUUCUCUUGGAGUCCAUUUUUGGAAGGUUGUCUUCAAUGCAAAUAAACUAUCCAAGCUUGUAAAGAAGAAAGAAGCUUAUCAAAAUUGGCUAGAUUACAACCAGAACAAGUAUGUGAUAAAUCCAAAAAAGAGGCCAAACAUGAAGAAGGGUUUCCUUGGACUUUGGGGGGAACAAGUGGAUUCUAUUGAUUAUUAUAAAGCUAAAAUUGAUGCAUUGGUAAAGGAAAUAGCGGUUGAGCACGAGAGAAUUCUUAAAGAUCCAAAAGCUAUUAUGCCUGUAGGAUUUGUUUCAUUCAAAACACGUUGGGGAGCAGCUGCUUGUGCACAAACACAACAAAGCAAGAAUCCAACAAUUUGGUUAACAGAGUGGGCCCCUGAGCCACGUGAUGUAUAUUGGCAAAAUUUACCUAUUCCAUUUGUUGAACUCACAUUUCGGAGAUUGGUGAUAUCUGUUUCUGUCUUCUCACUUUUUAUCCUCUUUAUGAUUCCAAUCGGAUUUGUGCAGUCAUUGGCCACCAUUGAAAGCAUUAAAAAGAAUGCUCCUUUCCUCAAAAAUCUGAUAGAAUUGAAGGUUGUCAAAUCAUUCAUCCAGGGGUUUCUACCAGGUCUGGCUAUGAAAUUAUUUCUCCUUAUACUUCCAUCAAUCUUGAUGACAAUGUCGAAAAUUGAAGGUCACACCUCAUUUUCAGAAAUUGAAAGGAAAACAGCAAGCAAGUAUUACUACUUUAUUUUGAUCAUCUUCUUUUUUGGCUCUAUACUCGUGGGAUCGGCUCUUCAAGAUUUUGAUGCCAGGAAAGAACUUAAGGAUUUGGGCGAUUCUCCUACAAUAGUGCUAAAAAAGCUUGGAGUUCUAGUUCCAAUGAGAGCAACUUUCUUCAUAACUUAUAUCAUGGUGGAUGGAUGGUCUGGAAUCGCUGGAGAGAUUUUACGGUUAAUUCCAUUGAUUAUGUUCCAUUUAAAGAACUCUCUUUUGGUAAAGACUGAUGAGGAUAGGGAGAAGGCAAUGGAUCCAGGAAGUGUAGCAUUUGCAGAAGCCCUCCCUCGCAUGCAAUUAUACUUUUUGCUUGGUCUUGCAUAUUCAGUGGCAACACCCACCAUUCUACCUUUUAUAGUUCUCUACUUUGGGUUUGGCUAUUUUAUCUUUCGACAUCAGGUCAUCAAUGUCUAUGAACAAAAGUAUGAGAGUGCAGCAGCGUUUUGGCCUGAUGUCCAUUAUAGGAUUAUAAUAAGCUUACUAAUAUCACAACUUUUGUUGUUGGGGUUGCUAACUGCUAAAAACGCAAAAGAUUCAGCACCAAUACUUAUUAUUCUCCCCUUUCUCACAAUCUGGUUUCACAAGUAUUGCCAAAAUCGAUUUGAGCCUGCCUUCUCCAGAUAUCCUCUAGAGGAAGCUAUGGCAAAGGACACUUUGGAGCGAGCAACAGAACCAGGACUGGACCUUAAACAGUACCUUGCUAAUGCUUAUGUACAUCCCAUGUUUAAAGACGAUGAUGAGCUUGACGAGUGUGAAAAAGAAUUGUUGUCAUGGAGGGAAAAUGAUUAUAAAGUGUUGACAAAGCGGACAAAUACCCCUAUCGACACUACAGCUUCUACGUCCACCACCUUUUUGAUUGAACGAUAAGGGGGGUUGCCUUUAAAGGAACUACAUACAUUCGCUUUCAUUAAGUGCAUUUCAUGACAGAUUACAUACAUUCGCUUUCAUUCAACUGCAUUUCAUAUUCAUAUGUGGGAUUUGUAAAGAUCUUGUGAACUAAACUUCAAUCUUGAUUAUUAAACAGUAUGGUUGUGGAGCCAAACGGGAUGGAUGUUAAAAUACUAUUUGUUGCUAGGCAUGCUACUUUGGCUGGAUUAUUCCUGUAUAGGAUGGUUCGCCAUUAUGGAGAUGGAAUGGCCUUGGUAACAAUUCAUGUUUAUAGCUGUGUAUUUGUGUAGAUAAGGGAAUUGACAUCAAGAACUUGAAAAAAUUAUUAAAUUAUUAUUUUAUUUUUUUAUACUUGAAAA